ACGGUGCCGUCCGGUGCCGCCCGGCUGAAAGCGGGGCCCAGCGCGAGGGUGGCGGAGGCGACAUGUCCUCGGGGGUGGCGGCCCGCCGCGACGCCAAGAAGCUGGUGCGCUCUCCCAGCGGCCUGCGCAUGGUGCCCGAGCACCGCGCCUUCGGAAGCCCGUUCGGCCUGGAGGAGCCGCAGUGGGUCCCGGACAAGGAGUGUCCAAGAUGUAUGCAGUGUGACACCAAGUUUGACUUCAUCACCAGGAAGCACCACUGCCGCCGGUGCGGGAAGUGCUUCUGCGACAGGUGCUGCAGUCAGAAGGUGCCGCUGCGGCGCAUGUGCUUUGUGGACCCCGUGCGCCAGUGUGCCGAGUGCGCCCUGGUGUCCCACCGGGAGGCGGAGUUCUACGACAAGCAGCUGAAGGUGCUCCUGAGCGGAGCCACUUUCCACGUAACGCUGGGAAAUUCAGAGAAAUCCGAAACUAUGGUUUGCCGUCUUUCCAACAACCAGAGGUACUUGAUUCUGGGUGGGGACAGCCACCAUGAAAUUGAAAUCGCCAACAUCUCCACGGUGCAGAUUGUCACCGAAGGCUUCGCUCCUGGAGAAAAGGACUCUCCCGCUUACACCAGCCUCCCAGGGAGCCCUCCUGCCUCUGAAGCAGGCAGUGCUCGGGUCACAGGCAUGUGCCUGCAGUACACAGUGCCGGGGGCAGAGGGCACAACCCAGCUGCGGCUGAUGGCCGGAGAGGAUGCGAAUGCCAGCAAGAGGCAGGCGACAGCAUGGCUGGCGGCCAUGCACAAGGCUGCCAAGCUCCUCUAUGAAUCUCGGGACCAAUAGCUAACUCCACGUGUGGAGCAGAGCUCAGCGGGCAUCUGGUCACCGGUCCAGCAGCUUGCCCCUGCCCGAGCACCACAGGGCCUUGUCCUGGGAAAUGCAACUCAAGUAUCUGGGACAAGCAAAUGUCCACUUACCUAGUGCAAUAUGCUCACAGUUCACUAACGCUAUAAGCAGCUUCACAGCCUUCAGAGUUGUGUAUUACAUUGUUGGUACUCAAUGAAGAGAGCAGAUAGAACUCACUACUGCUAAACCAUUUCCAGGGUAGCCUGCACCUUGAGGUUUAGGGAAAGUUGUGGCCUGCCCAUGUUCCUGCCUGUCGGUGGGGCGCGCACGGCUCUGAUCGCAGGGCAGCCUGCCUGUCUUCACCGGCCCGUUUACCACACUUGCCUUAUUAGCCUGCGCGCUGGCUGCCCGGAUUUCGGUCCUUUGACAUGUCAGCAAGCAGAAGCCACCAGCGGACUUUUCUACUUUUUACUUACGAUUUCACUUUAUUAGGAUGACUGUACAGCAAUUUGUACAUAAAGCGUACAAUUAAAACCUAUUUUGAAAGUACA